AGGUGGAGGCGGGAGUAGCCGUGUGGAGCUGCUGGUGUUCGGCUAUGCCUGCAAGCUGUUUCGGGAUGAUGAGAAGGCUCAGUACCAGGAGCAGGGGCGACACCUUAUUCCUUGGAUGGGAGACCCCAAGAUCAUGAUCGAUAGGUCGGUGUAACACAACCCCCAGACUGUGCUGCGAGAUCUCCUGUGAUAGCCUCUUUCUGUUUUCCCCCCCCUUGUGCUGUGGGCAGUGAGGGCGGGGGUUGAGCAGAGGGCUCGCUCUGGCAGGCGCGUCGGGACUUUCCGUGGCGGGGCUGGAGGCAGCUCGUCCCGGCACAGCGCUCCGAGGCUGCUCUGGUAACGCUGCAGGGCCUCCCCCCGUCUGCGGGAACUUGGGGUUUCCCGCUCUGGCAGCGCCGGGAGGUUCCUCUCCUCCUGGCAGUGAGUGUGAUGGGUCUUUCUGCUCCACUUGUCAAGGCAGGGUCGGCAGGCUGGAGAGUGGGAAUCUUUUCAGUGCAAACCACAAACAUUCGCUUUUUUUGCUUGGUAUCCAAGGGAGCCUGAUUGUGUGGGAGUACUUAUUAGGCAUAUUGUAUGUUCUGUAGGUGAGAAGGGGGCAGUGUGGGGAGUGCAAAGGUGUUUAUCCACCUAGAAAGAAAGGGGGAUUUCCUAUUUCUCCUACAUAAUCUGCCUGCAGGCUGUUGAUGGGACACCCCAAAAUUCUUGGGCCUUUACUUGUUUGUUCUUGGCCUCUUUACUUUUCCGGGUGCCAUUUGCAUUAUUAGACAGAAUGGGGUUGAUUUUGGGUGCUUGCUCUUGAAAUUUUAUGUCAGGGUUGACUUCGUUUGGUUGUUGUGCCAUAGGUCCAGGUGUGUGGCCAGAGAGUAACAGAUUCUGCUUUGAUGUUCCUUCUGGUCUCUUGAGUUGUUUCGGCACUGCAGGGUGGGAUUUGGAAAUAAAUUAUUUCAGAAAGGGUUGCCUGAGUAUUUUGUUGGACAGAGGGAAGAUGAGACAUCAGGUUGGUUAUGUUUGAGUGGAGCACUGAAAGAAUAACUUAAGAGUUCUGGCUGACCCUGAAAACCUCUGUGGGAAAGAUGGAAGGAUUUUGGUUUGAAAAGGGUCACAUAACAUAGUAUAGAUACUUGUUCCCUCAGUUUCAUCACUGCUUUGGUGCUGGACAGGAUUUUCUUAUUUUGACUUAAAAGCUGUAUUUGUCUUGGAAAAGUUUCAGUAAGGGAAGGUCUUUUGAUUUUCUUCCAUAGGACUGGAGGAAAAAGAAAUGCCCUUGCCCUCUUUUGGUACUUACGCUAUUAAUGAUGGUUAUCAUUGAAAUAAAUUUGUUAAAUUGAAAUAGACAUGAAGUCAGGACAGACCAACCAUAAAUAUUUGUAGCUGUGUUUAAUUUCUUAAUUACACAACAGUGGAAGUGCUGUGUUGCACACUUCAAAUAAUUUCUAUGACUGAUCUCAUUUGUAGGUAGAGGCUGUUUUUGGGGUACUGUGCAGCAGAACCCCAUUCACAGGUGUUACAGAAAUUGUAGGGAGCAAACACUAAGUAUGUGUAUGUUUGUACACACAUACUGAAAUACAAAAUAAUGUACAUUUGUGAGUUAAGGCAGCUUGCAAUUGCUAAUCUUAUGAACUCCUUUGAAAGCAUAGAUUCCUUUUAUCUCCAGCAGCAGGAAGUCUUCAUUUUCACCAUUUUGAGAAAAGCACAUUGCUAUGAGAAGACUUGGGUUCAAGUUUGCCUGUGGACAGAGCUUGAUUAACCAGACCUAUGUUUCAUUUGCUUUUUGCUAUGAGAAUAUUUAAUUUCUUUGUUUUUGGUCUAGCAAGUUGGCACAAGUCAAGAGUUGUGUGUGGGAAGACACCUCAGCGGAGUCGAGUUUACUGUCACUUUACUUUCCAAUCGGUUUCUCUUACUGAUGCAUAAACAUUGUCCCAAUGCAGUGCUUUUCCUGCAAAUAAAGUGAUUUCUUAGUAGAAAGGCACUGCACAUCAUUGAUCUUUGCCGAUUUUGCGGUGAACCUCCUUAAAUUGCAUGUUUAUGUUACUGUUCCUAUGUAUGUGUGUCUCUCUAUCACAUAACCCAGAACUUAUUUCCUCAGCCAAAUGGCUAGGGGCCGAGCCUAGCCAUGAUUUUACCUCCAAUGGACGCAAGUUUCUAUGGUGAAGAUUUCUCCUGAGAGUUCGGGACUAGCAGAAAGAAGCGAGGAAAUUUCGACCGUUUGGUUCUUACGGAUAGGUAUGAUGGGCGUGGUCACCUGCAUGACCUUUCUGAGUAUGAUGCUGAAUAUUCCACCUGGAACAGAGAUUAUCAACUGUCUGAAGAGGAGGCUAGAAUAGAAGCCCUCUGUGAUGAAGAGAGAGGAGGAAUAUAAAAGACUCAGUGAAGCUUUGGCAGAGGAUGGUACCUAUAAUGCAGUGGGAUUCCAUUAUGGUAGUGAUUAUUAUGACCCUUCAGAACCCACUGAAGAGGAGGAGCAUCAACCUGCAAAACAAAGAGAAACAGCUCAGACAGAAAAUACAGAGGAAAAUGAAGAACCUUUUGUUGCCCCUCCAGGACUGAAUGUACCUUCUGAUGUGGAACUGCCACCGACGGCAAAAAUGCAUGCGAUCAUUGAGCGAACUGCAAACUUUGUGUGCAAGCAGGGAGCCCAGUUUGAGAUCAUGCUGAAAGCCAAGCAAGCACGCAACUCCCAGUUUGACUUCUUGCGGUUUGAUCACUACCUCAAUCCCUACUACAAGUUCAUCCAGAAGGCCAUGAAAGAAGGACGCUAUGCGGCUCCCUCGGAAAGUAAAGCUGACGAGAAAAAACACUCAAGAGUCAAAUCUGAGGAAGAAGAAGAUGAUGAUGAUGACGAUGACGGGAAUUAUCUUCAUCCAAGUCUUUUUGCAUCUAAAAAAUGCAGUAGGCUUGAAGAGCUCAUGAAGCCCUUGAAGGUUGUAGACCCUGAUCACCCCCUUGCAGCCCUGGUGCGCAAAGCACAAUCAGAUAAUAAUUCGUCUACACCACAGUCAACAGAUGGGGCAGCUGUGCAGACAUCACAGGCAGAAUAUUCCUCUGAUUCAACUGUGGCAGCCAUGUAUUACAGCUACUACAUGCUCCCUGACGGGACCUACUGCCUGGCGCCUCCCCCGCCGGGAAUCGACGUCGCUGCCUACUACAGCGCCCUGCCCGCUGGGGUGACUGUGUCCAGCACUGCGGGUGGAGCAGCGCUCCCGCCGCCUCCUGGGACUACACCCCCACCUCCCCCGGACACAACUGACAGCACCACUGGGUUGACUUCCACCACAACAUCUACAAGCACAAUUGCUCCAGUGGUUGCCAUUAUACCACCACCUCCAGAUAUCCAACCUGUCAUUGACAAGCUAGCUGAGUAUGUUGCUAGGAAUGGGGUUAAAUUUGAAACUAGUGUUCGUGCCAAGAAUGAUCUCAGGUUUGAAUUUCUGCAACCAUGGCACCAGUAUAAUGCUUAUUAUGAAUUUAAAAAACAGUUCUUCCUGCAAAAAGAGAGCAGUGACAACUCCCAGGGAGUAUCUUCCUCUGAAGAUGUUCCAGCAGACACCGCCAAUGAUACACUGAGUGAGGCUCAAUUUGCAGAUGAACAUGCACCUGACGAUGCAUCUGAGCCAAGUGCUAAGGGAGUUCUGGGAGCUAAAAAGGAUGUUCCUCCUCCUAAAGCUGUCAGUGAUGGUAAACUGGUGAAAGCAUCCUUUGCUCCAAUAAGCUUUGCAAUCAAGGCCAAAGAAAAUGACCUUCUUCCUUUGGAGAAAAACCGUGUUAAAUUAGAUGAUGACAGUGAUGAGGAGGAAGAGGAGGGAAAGGAAGGCCAAGAGAGUGCUAACAGUGCAUCAAACCAUACUCCAGCAAUUAUCACUCCUUGUACUGCUCCUGAAGAGAAAAAGCCUCAACUUACACAGGAGGAGUUGGAAGCUAAACAAGCAAAGCAGAAAUUAGAGGAUAGAUUAGCAGCUGCAGCAAGGGAGAAGCUUGCACAGGCCUCCAAAGAAUCAAAGGAGAAGCAGCUACAAGCAGAACGCAAAAGGAAGGCUGCCUUGUUCUUGCAGACCCUGAAAAACCCUCUGGCAGAGGCAGAAACCGAGAAAAUUGAAGAAAAUUCCUUCAGUAGUGAGAGUGUCGGUAGUAUACCAUGUCCUGUGCCUGCAGUCAGAGCUUUACCCACCUUAGAAGUUAAACAAGCAGAAAGACCUUCAAGCAGAAGCAGAGAUCCUCCUAGGGAUGAAGAGAAGGAAAAGAAGAGGAAAAAACACAAGAAAAGAUCUCGGUCAAGAUCUCGAUCACCAUUCAAAUAUCAUUCAUCAUCUAAGUCCAGGUCUAGAUCACAUUCAAAAGCAAAACACUCACUUCCCACUGCCUAUAGGACUGUCAGGCAUUCAAGGUCACGAUCAAGGUCACCCCGGAGAAGGGCUCACAGCCCAGAACGGCGGAGAGAUGAGAGGAGCGUUCCCACAGCUUAUCGCAUCAGCAAUAGUCCUGGGAACAGCAGGAAACGGCCCCGCUCCAAAAGUCCCCAUGAAAAGAAGAAGAAGAGGCGGUCUAGAUCACAAACCAAAUCCAGAGCUAGGUCUCCCUCACCAUCCACGUCACCAGGCAAACCAUCCACACACAAAAAUUCUGUACAUUCAGCUAGUGUCUCUCCUGUGGAGAGCAGGGAAUCCAGCCAGGAACGCUCCAGGGGAGUUUCUCAGGAAAAAGAUGGCCAAAUCUCUUCAGCAAUUGUGUCGUCAGUGCAGAGUAAAAUCACUCAGGAUCUUAUGGCCAAAGUGAGAGCAAUGCUUGCAGCUUCCAAAAACAUCCAAACCAGUGCCUCCUGAGACCUGUUGGAACUGGCCAUCAAGAAAUUGUGUGAAAAGAACAAUUCAGAAGGAGCUGCCUCAUCUCAAAUAUAUGGCUGAGCUUGGCUCACUUGGUUCACAACUCAACUAAUUUACCAGAACUCAAAAAGCUAAGACCUAUCUUUCUGUACAGAAGCAUCUCCUUGAAAUUUCAUUAAAUUUUUUCAGCCAGAAUAUCUUUGAAAGAUUUUGGGUUUUGUAAAUUGAUUUUUUUGACUAAUUCUUCAAUAACAUUUUAUGAUCAGCAGUCUGUUUGUGUAUAUAUGUAAAUACUAUGUUUCUGUGAAAAGUAUUACACAAUAAUAAAGAAGGAAACAUCUUUCAUUA